CUUUAUGUAUGGGUAUCGGACAGUCGUUCUCGAAAAAGCGUAAAAAAUAAACAAUACAACUGUCUAUUACUUAAAUCAUGACUUAAACUAACCAAAUAUUGACGUCAUAAUACCAUAUCCAAUUAAUUUAAACGUAAAACUAACAUUUAUAAGCAAAAACAACAAAAAUAUGUUCUUAACAAAUAAUCAAUCAAUUGAUUCCAAAUUCUCCCGCGCGACACUAGCGCCACAGAUUAAAAAACGUCAGAUGUGAGUCCAGACAAUAUUUUUGUUGAAAGAUGUGGGUAUUUAUAAAAAUUAAGAAGUUUAAGCGUGUUACAUUAACAAAAUGAAGUGUAAAGAUAUAUUUUUGUGAAUUAUUUAUUGAAAAAUAAAGAAUUUAGUGAUAAAAGUAUAAAAAAGCGGCUGAAAUCGAAUAAUGGACCAACAGGAUAACCACAAGGAAUUCACAUCUUCUUCUACCAUAUCAUUCGUAGAAUCUAGCACAGAGGAGAAGGGAGGGAGAGCGAGAAGAAAGUCUUUCUUCAGAAGGAACGGUCUUCUUAAGGUCAAUCACAGUUCCAGUGAUGCAGACAUAUCAGCAAUUGAAUAUGAACGUGACCUGACGCCAGGGAGCGUCGAUAUAUGGGUGGACCUUCCUGAUGAAAUCAAGUUUGAUCCUCUACUGGCACCAUUCAAGCAGCGGUAUGAACAGCAGCAUGGUAAAAUAGAGCUGGAGGAUCAUGCGGAAGGUGAUAAGACUAUAUUUGAUAAGAAACAUGAGGUGGAUGCGAGGAGGGAGGAUGUGGAACCGCUUAAAGAUGCAGCGAACAGAUUAAUGGAUCCCAUGCAGACAAAAGAUGAGAAGAAACUAAAGUCUGCCAAAAAGAAACGGCUAGACCAAGCAUUGCGGACAGUGAAGCUAUGUGGCCUCAUCUCAUGCUGGGUGCUCCUCACCGUCUCCUUGUUGAUGAACAUGGAACGAUCAGACGUGGUGCUGCAUACUGCUGUACAGGGUGGAGAGAUUAAAGAAUACGAAUUACCGCCCAGUGAUCAACGAGUAAAAGUAUCUAUCACUCUGACUGGACCUUUUGCCCAGCCUGUGACCAAUGAGAGCGUGAACACACUUCAUAUAUGGCUGCAUAGAUCUGUUGGUGACAAUACAAGUACAGAAUUUGAACAGAAUUCAACAAAAUGGAGAAUACAUCUCCAACCUGAAGAUAUCCUGGACUUCUCACCCAGUUCUACAGAGAGCAGACUCCUAAUUCUUGAGGAGCAGGCUCCCAUACUCACUCGAGGACAUCAGGACUUGAACUCCACGUCUUCACUCAGUCUGAUAACGGAAGAAAUUACGAGAUGGGGCCAAAUUGGAAUUAAUGGUACAAAGCUGACUCUCCGCAUGAGUUCCACCAGUGACAGUAUAGUUCCACUGACCGUCAGCUACCAGAUGAACCCGAUUGAUCCCGAAGAGGGCAUCAUUUACGCCACUAUCCUGCUUAUCACACUAUACACUCUUAUUAUAUUUGAGAUAGUAAACCGCACAAUAGCAGCUCUGCUCUCCUCAUCUCUAGCAGUGGGAGUGCUGGCUCUAUGUGGAGCGCGACCCUCGCUACCUGAGCUGGUCUCUUGGCUGGAUGUGGAGACUCUACUCCUACUCUUCAGUAUGAUGCUGCUGGUCGCCAUCCUGGCUGAAACUGGACUGUUCGAUUACCUCGCUGUCUUGGCUUUUGAAGUGACAGGCGGCAGAACAUGGCCUCUGAUCAACGUCCUAUGUUUCUUUACUGCGAUAUUCUCAACGUUUCUGGACAAUGUGACCACUGUGCUGCUGAUGACACCAGUUACUAUCAGAUUAUGCGAGGUAACCCAACUGAAUCCAGUGCCUGUUCUUAUGUCGAUGGUGAUAUUCAGUAACGUAGGGGGCGCUGCUACACCAGUAGGCGACCCACCGAACGUAAUCAUAGCCACACACCCUUCUAUAGUAAAAGCGAACAUAAACUUCACGACGUUCACGAUACACAUGGGGGUAGGCAUACUUAUAGUAUGUGUACAAACCUACUUCCAACUUAGAUAUAUGUUUAGAGAUAUCAACAAAUUGAGGCAUAGCGUUCCAAGAGAUAUAUUAGAGCUACGUCAGGAGUUGGCUGUCUGGAGACGCGCUGCUGCUUCACUAUCCUCCUACUCUAGGGAUGAAGAUAUAGUGAGGAGGGCGCUUGAGAAGAAGGUGGAGAAGCUGAACAUGGCGUUAAGUCGUCGUGAAGCUGGAGGCGGGGCCUCAAGAACUGAUCCUAUGUUCUGCUCCACUCUCGCGCAGAUGAAACAAAAGUAUCGCAUUAGAGACAAGCCGUUAUUAGUGAAGUCGACUAUAUGCGUCUCCUUCGUCAUCAUAGUGUUCUUUCUACACGCUAUACCAGAAUUACAACGCCUCUCUCUAGGCUGGACGGCUCUUCUAGGAGCCUUGCUGCUGCUGCUCCUGGCUGAGAGAGAUGACCUGGAGCCAAUCCUGGCCAGGGUCGAGUGGUCUACCUUACUGUUCUUCGCUGCACUUUUUGUGCUUAUGGAAGCUUUAUCAAAACUGGGUCUUAUCUCCUGGAUAGGCAGUCUGACUGAGAACCUAAUAUUACAAGUUGGCCAAGAAUCCAGGCUAGCUGUGGCAGUUAUGCUAAUAUUAUGGGUGUCAGGUAUAGCAUCAGCAUUCGUGGACAAUAUACCGCUGUCCACGAUGAUGGUGCGAGUGACAGCAGCGCUGGCUGACCCGGCCGGGCUGGGUCUACCUCUCGCUCCUCUGGCCUGGGCCCUCAGCUUCGGAGCCUGCCUUGGAGGUAACGGCACUUUAAUCGGUGCCAGCGCAAACGUGGUCUGCGCAGGAGUGGCCGAACAACAUGGUUACAGAUUUACAUUUGUACAAUUUUUGAAAAUUGGGUUUCCUAUAAUGUUAGGUAACUUAACAGUAGCUUCACUGUAUUUAUUAUUCUGUCAUUGUUUUUUGGAAUUACAUUAAUUAUGAAAAAAAAAUUGGUCAUAAUGUGAACAUGUCUACGGGUCCCAUACGAUUUUAAGAUUAGGUACUUUCAUUUUUUAUUUAUUAUAUAAAUAAUCGAACAAAUAUACUUCUUUGAAAUGGGUUAAAGAAUCCUUAAUUUUUAGUUAUGGGACCCGUAGAUCAUGAACUUACUACAUGAAUCACAUCUGCACAUUAUCUACAACAUGUAACGUAAUUAACGCACACCCUCAAACACCCCAAUUAGAAUAUUAUGUUAUAAUCAUAAUACAUACACAAAAUUUUCAAUUUAACAUGUAUAU